AUGUCAUCUAAACUCUACGACGUCCUCAUCAUCGGCGGCGGCCCAGGCGGUCUCGCCAUGGCAUCCGCCCUCGCCCGGCAAGUCUACACAGCACUUAUCCUCGACUCGGGCGUGUAUCGCAACGCACCUACAAAACACAUGCACAACGUCCUCGGCUUCGAUCACGUUGAGCCCUCCGUUUUUCGCGACAAAGCUCGUGAAGAUCUUGAGAAGCGGUACGAAAGCAUCGAGUUCAAGUCCACAACCAUCACAACCGUUCGCAAAACAGACGCUGGUGUGUUUGAAGCAGUUGAUCAAGAUGGCAAUGUCUAUCAGGGAAAGAAACUUGGUCUUGGAACUGGGGUGAAGGAUCUUGUGGAGGAGCAGCCUAAGGGAUAUGCUGAGUGCUGGGGAAAGGGGAUUUUCCACUGUCUUUACUGCCAUGGCUUUGAGGAGCGAGGAGCAGAGAGCGUUGGAGUCUUUGCAGGCGGCAUGGUCUCCAGCGCCGACAUGCUCGCACACGUAACUCCCAUGGCCAAACGCCUCUCCCAGUCUGUAACAAUCUACACCAACGGCGACACCUCUCUCCCCUCACUCAUCCAAACAAAAGUACACAGCAGCAAAGUGCACUACGACACCCGAAAGAUCACAUCCUUCGCGCUCAUCAACGGCGGCCCCACCGUUGAAAUAACUUUCGAGGACGGCUCGUCCAAGACGGAAGGCUUCGUGGUAAGCCAUCCUAAUGUCGCCCAAGCAGCACCGUUUGCGGAACAGAUGGGACUGGAGAAGGCGGCAACGGGUGAGAUUAAGGUUAAUGCGCCGAUGAACGAGACUAGUGUCAAAGGCUGUUUUGCAUUUGGUGAUGCGGCGACUGUCAUGAGGAGUAUGUUGCAGGCGAUGCAUAUGGGUGGGUUUGCAGGUGUUGGGAUGGCGAUGCAAUUGCAGCAUGAACUGGAUGAGAAGGAUGAGCUGUGA